ACAAGUGUGUAUACUUUAAAUGUUUUAAGAGUGCGGGAUAAAAUGCACAAACAGUUAAAGUGGGAUUUUAACUCAUUCUUGAUGCCAUUGAGAAACUCAAGGUUUUUCCCGCCAGGUAGGGAGGAAAUCUCAGGAAAAUGGAUCAGGAAUGAGGGAGCCCAGUUGAGAGAUAUAAUGAGGGGUGUAGAACUGAGAACACUUAAGGAUUUGGAAAAGGAAGAGGGAAAGAUUUUCAUUAAGAUAGAUAGUUGGAGCGAUAAUCAAUUAAAAUGUUUUGUGGGGAAAUUGCCUAAACCUUUGAGAUCUAGAAAAGAUUGGAAUUUGUUUGAGAGGCUGUUGGAAUCACGGGGUGAUGGAAAGCAUGGUACGGCAAAAAUAUAUAAAAUUCUCACUGAGUUAGACAUAGGUGAAAAAAAAUGAAUGUAUAUAGAAAAAUGGGAAAGAGACUUGGGGGUGGAGAUAG